ACUCUGACAUGUUUGUCUCUUCUUAUCUAAUCCAAUCUUCUUUUCUUUUUCCCCUAUAAAUACUCAAACAAAUCACAAAUUAUUUCAUUGUCUAUUCUACCUAAUUCAACAUAAUUCUCAAUUCUUAAUUUGUUAUUUCUAUUUUCAAAAAUUUAGAGAAAAAAAAAUGUUGGCAAUAUUCAAGAAUGGUGUGGUUGAUCCACCAAAGGAAUUGCAAAGUCCAGCAUCAUUGCAAGCAUCAAUUAAAGCAGCAACACCUCAAGAAACUUUGAAGAAUUUCUUGUCUACAAAUUCAAAUAAUGGGUUUUCUAUUGGAUUUGUGGACAAGGCUAUUCUGGCUUAUUCUAAUCGUCCAACUUCAUACAACACUAUGCAGAGGUUGUUCUGUGGUGUGAAUGACAUAUAUUGCAUUUUCUUGGGAAAUUUGAACAAUCUAUGUGAACUGAACAAGCAUUAUGGGCUUUCAAAAUGUUUUAAUGAGGCCAUGCUUGUAAGCGAGGCCUAUCGAACCCUCCGUGAUAGAGGCCCAUACCCGGCCCAUCAAGUCCUCAAGGAUCUCGAAGGUAGCUUUGGAUUUGUCAUCUAUGAUCACAAGGCUCAUACAGUCUUUGUUGCCCUAGGUGGUGAUGAAAAAGUGAAGCUUUAUUGGGGCAUAGCGUUUGAUGGAUCUGUGAUGAUAUCUGAUAAUGUUGAUCAUAUUAAAGCAAGUUGUAUCAAAUCAUUUGCUCCUUUCCCAGCUGGUUGCAUGUACCAUAGUGAAACAGGAUUAAAGAGUUUUGAACAUCCAAGUUACAAGAUGAAAGCAAUGCCAAGAGUUGAUAGUGAAGGUUCAAUGUGUGGAGCUUAUUUCAAAGUUGAUGUUUACUCUAAAGUUAAUAGUAUGCCAAGAGUUGGUAGUGCAGCAAAUUGGGCUACCUGGGGCCAGUAGUCCUGGUUGCUCAAGAUCUUUGGUCUUUUAUUUAAAUUUGACUU